GAAACAUCCAGGUGUAUAAAACGGGAGCAGAGCUGAAGGCGAACAGAAAGAGAGUCAAGAAACAUCGGGUCAACAGAGUGGAGAUACAACAGCGGCUCGAGAUCAGGACUUUGGAAAGCGCAGCGGACAGAACAAAAAGCAGGCAACUUUCUCUAGAUCACAUGUGUAAAGCGAUGUUACAACGGACCGGCCCCCAGCUGCUGUUCCUAAUAGCCCUGUGUAGUGUGCUGUACUCCCGGACUCUGAGUCUGCCAUACACAUCCAUGAGACCGACGAGACACGCAGACGGUCUGUUCACCAGCGGAUACAGCAAACUCCUCGGACAGCUUUCAGCGCGGAGGUACCUGGAGUCACUGAUCGGAAAACGGGUCAGUGACGAGCUGAUGGAGGAGCCAGUAAAGCGCCACUCAGACGCCAUUUUUACAGACAACUACAGCCGCUUCCGCAAACAGAUGGCCGUCAAGAAGUACCUGAAUUCAGUCUUAACAGGAAAGAGAAGCCUAGAAGAUGCUGGAAACAGCGACCUGGAGGAGUCCAGGGACGAACCCAACAACUUCCAGGAGAGCUACGAUGACAUCAACGUAGAUCACCUCCUCAACAACUUUCAUCUGCCACUUUGAGGAGGGGCCUGCGCUCGAGUGAAAACCUGAAGUCAUCCUCAUGAAACGGCUCAUUCCAAAACCAACACAGUAUUAAUCCAAAGGACACUCGAAAGUCAAAUCAGCCAAUGAUGAUGUGUUCUCCAAUGUGGUUAUCUAUCUAUUCAUCCACACAGUUCAUGUUUACACUGUAUAUAUACAGUAUAUAUACUAUAAUAUAUAGACUCUUCGGGCAGAACUGGGCAACAUGCGUGUCCACGUGCACUUUGAUCAAUCAGCGUUUGAAAACAGCAACUGGCAACAAUAAAAUAGAAGUACCACAUUUACUUUCUUUCUAAGACCACUGUUGUUCCAUUAACUUUCAAUGGAACCAUUUCUCUCCUAACAACUUUUUAAAGGAACCACUGUCCUAUUCAAGUUGAGUGAAAUUUGUCCCAUCAACUUUCAGUUAUGUAAA